AUGUCCAGCCUUCUCAGUACUGCUUUAGUUCCAUUACUUUAUCAUAGAACGCAACUGCCUACUCCACCUCCUCAUCUUCAGCUGCCUACUCCACCUCCUCAUCUUCAGCUGCCUACUCCACUUCCUCAUCUUCAGCUGCCUACUCCACUUCCUCAUCUUCAGCUGCCUACUCCACCUCCUCAUCUUCAGCUGCCUACUCCACUUCCUCAUCUUCAGCUGCCUACUCCACCUUCUCAUCUUCAGCUGCCUACUCCACCUUCUCAUCUUCAGCUGCCUACUCCACCUUCUCAUCUUCAGCUGCCUACUCCACCUUCUCAUCUUCAGCUGCCUACUCCACUUCCUCAUCUUCAACUGCCUACUCCACCUCCUCAUCUACAGCUGCCUACUCCACCUCCUUAUCUUCAGCUGCCUACUCCACCUCCUCAUCUUCAGCUGCCUAUUCCACCUUCUCAUCUUCAGCUGCCUACUCCACCUCCUCAUCUUCAGCUGCCUACUCCACCUCCUCAUCUUCAGCUGCCUACUCCACCUCCUCAUCUUCAGCUGCCUACUCCACCUCCUCAUCUUCAGCUGCCUACUCCACCUUCUCAUCUUCAGCUGCCUACUCCACCUCCUCAUCUUCAGCUGCCUACUCCACCUCCUCAUCUUCAGCUGCCUACUCCACCUUCUCAUCUUCAGCUGCCUACUCCACUUCCUCAUCUUCAGCUGCCUACUCCACCUUCUCAUCUUCAGCUGCCUACUCCACCUCCUCAUCUUCAGCUGCCUACUCCACUUCCUCGUGCUAAAUCAUUGCACAAUUUCAGCUUUUGA